CCUGAACCUAUAGCUCUAACGGGCGUCCCCUAUCACGUGAGCUACGGUCACUCCCCUUCAUGGAGGUUAUAUAAGGGAGGCGAACCCCGCCGCGCGUCAGCCCUUCUCAUGUUAACAGCAGCGGGUGUCUCGGAGGCUGUGAGCAGUGCCCCCUCCACUGCAGAGCCCUGCAGGGUCUCUUUCCAGCCUUCUGAGAUCUGCAGUCCCCUAUUUUUUCUUCCUUAACUCCAAACUUUCAACUGCAUAUUUAGGCAGUAUUUAAGUUUUGGGAGAAUUGUGCCCAUAUAAUUUGAAUUUUAAGAUUUUUUUUGCAAGAAUGGUACAAAAAAAAAGUCCUGAAAUGAAAGGCUUUCAUCGUUCCUUCAAGGGACAAAACCCAUUUGAAGUAGAUUAUGGAGAGGAGUCCAGAAAUAUUGCAUCUGUGUUCAGCUUUGACUGCCCCUCUCGCCCUGACAUGCCUUCGAGUGCUCCCAUUGAUAUUCCAGAUGCCAAGAAAAGAACAAAGAAGAAAAAACGUUGCAGGGCAACUGACAGCUUCUCUGGAAGGUUCGAAGAUGUGUAUCAGCUUCAGGAUGAAGUGCUUGGUGAGGGAGCUUAUGCCAAGGUCCAAAGCUGCAUUAACUUAAUCACCAAUAAGGAAUAUGCUGUGAAAAUUAUAGAGAAACGACCUGGUCACAGUCGAAGUAGAGUGUUUAGAGAAGUAGAAAUGUUAUAUCAAUGUCAAGGCCACAGUAACGUCCUGGAACUAAUAGAGUUUUUUGAAGAAGAGGAGAAGUUUUACCUGGUAUUUGAGAAGAUGUGUGGUGGCUCAAUACUAAAUCACAUUCAUCGGCGGAAGCAUUUUAAUGAGAGAGAAGCUAGUUUUGUAGUGAAAGAUAUUGCUGGUGCACUAAACUACUUGCACAACAAAGGUAUAGCACAUCGUGAUUUGAAACCUGAAAACAUCCUAUGUGAAAGUCCACAUCAGGUGUCUCCAGUGAAGAUUUGUGACUUUGACCUUGGCAGUGGGAUCAAGCUGAAUAGUGAUUGUUCACCAAUAUCCACCCCUGAACUUUUAACACCGUGUGGAUCUGCAGAAUAUAUGGCACCAGAAGUGGUUGAGGCAUUCAAUGAGGAAGCAUCUAUAUAUGACAAGCGCUGUGAUUUGUGGAGCCUUGGAGUUAUUUUGUACAUUAUGCUGAGUGGCUAUCCACCUUUUGUUGGGCACUGUGGAAGUGACUGUGGCUGGGAUAGAGGAGAGGCUUGCCCUACUUGUCAGAAUAUGCUAUUUGUGAGUAUUCAGGAAGGGAAAUAUGAAUUUCCAGAUAAAGACUGGGCUCACAUAUCAUCUGGAGCCAAAGAUCUUAUCUCAAAGUUGCUGCUACGAGAUGCCAAAAAGAGACUAAGUGCAGCACAGGUUUUACAGCAUCCAUGGGUGCAAGGGUGUGCUCCAGAGAAUACACUUCCAACUCCUAUUAUCCUUCAGAGAAACAGUAGUGCCAAAGAUCUUACAUCAUUUGCUGCUGAAGCUAUAGCAAUGAAUCGCCAGCUGAUGGAGCGAGAAGAGGAAGAGCAAGGAGCAGAUUCUUCCUCAUGCCCCAUUAUGGUUAAAGCUACCUCUUGCUCCAUGCAACUUUCUCCUCCUUCUGAAUCAAAGUUGGCUAAGAGGAGACAACAGGGAAGCAAAGGGGGCAUUUCCCCUCCUAACCUAGCAUCCCUUCUUAUUGUGAAUGACAAUGCAUGCUUGACUGUGUAUGACUAAGCCACUGACCCAGAUAAAGAUCAUAAGAUUUGUCUCUCA